UAGUCUCCCCUGUAUUGCUGCUGCUGCACAGUCUCCGUUUGGCUCCCGUACGCGCGUGAAGCUGCUCGACUCGUGUCCCGCGUGAUUUCUUGUGUGUGUGUUUGUGUGUGUGUCCAUUGAGGCGGGCGGAAAAGAGAGAAAUUGGCCCAGCACACCUUUUUGAAUGGUUCAAUUCCGUUACAUUUCCAUAAGAAGAUUUUUUUGACUGGCGUCCAGUUGUCCCAGUUUUAUUUCGACCGCGUGCGUGGUUGUCCCGACAGUUAAGAAGUAAAAACGGGCAAGAGGAGGACCUGCUACUGUAAUAGGCGAUAAGCCAUUUAAACAGUAUUAAGAGAGAUUAUUUCCAGGAGAAAUAAAAUGUCGUCGUCUUAUUCGGGCGGCUCGGCGUCCAGCAGCAGUGGCCAACAAUUGGGAGCACGACCUAAAAUCGCCCGUCAACUUCUUCUUCUCCAACAACAACAGCAACAACAACAGCAAAUGAAUCAAUCGGCCAACCGGUCGUCGGGACAGCACCAAUCCAGCCGGGCCAGCCAGCACCAUCGCAGCAGCAGCAGUAAAGAGAAUAAGGAAUGGAAUUCAAACUGGAAUUCCAUCCUCUCGGCUCAGGGGGAUGAGCAGAGCUGGCCAAUGAGCGCCAAGGGCCAGUCUCAGCAGCAGCAGCCCGACAUGAUGAUGAGGUCACAGGGCAACAACAACGUCAACCAACACAACGGGCAGCCUCCCUCAACAGCCGCCGCAGCCAUCGUCAAGAAUCAGGAGCCCAGUCGUCACGAGAUUCGGCCGGGACGUGAUGGAAUGUCCCCCGUACCCGCACAAUGGACGGCCCUCCAACCGUCGGCAGUCAGUCGAGGUUUCUCCGAUCCCAGUUUGGCUGUCGUCCAACCGGCCAGCAACAACAACAACAGCAACGGCUCAGUCGGUUGUGGUGGGUCGUCUGAAUUAUUUCAUUCGCAUCACUAUCACGCCCGUCGUCAGCGCCAGCAGCAGUCCGUCAACAGCAAUUGCAACAGUCGGUCCAGCAGCGCUGCCGAUCUCUCACUACUCCAGUCCAGCACCGUCAACCUCAGCAGCCUGGGCAAUCAACACGGCAGCGCCUCUUCUUCCCUUAACAACGUCAAUCACAUCAAAGAUUCCAACAGUGGAGGAGGCGGAGGGAUUUCAAGCAUUUGGGCUCGUUGGUUCCGGCGAAACAACAACAACAGCCAUCGGCCGUCAUCGUCAUCCAUCCGUCCGUUUUCUUCUGCGGCUGUUUACGGCGGAGGUGGUGGCGGUGGCGCUGCUGGCAGCCGGUCGCACAGCGUCGAAAAUAGUCCAGUCGUUAGUCGUCGAUUACGUCAUCAUCCGUCCAUGAUGACGGGAUCUAGUGGCCAGCUGGCCAGCAGUGACAACAACAGCGACUCACUCAGCACCAACAGUUUCUCUUUCAUCCGCACACCCACCGAUAAGAACAACGAUCCAGCGGUGGCGGCCCUGACACUCCGGCGCAAGUAUGGAUUGAUGGCCUGCAGCAAUGAAUCCACCGACAAGGUCCUGCCGGGCAACAACCUACACAACAACAUUGAGGGUGACGCCAUCCGGGCCAUGCGGACCCAGUGGGAGACUCAGAUGAAACAGAUGGAUGAAAUCCUGCGGAGUCGAGAAGAACAGCCGGACAACAACAAAUGCAACAACAACAAAAGGUUGUCGCAGACCAACAACAACAACAAUUCGACGGCCAGGAAAAAGAGGCCGGCACCUCAACCACCGCCACCACCUCCUCCCAAUUCCGGCACUUCGUCCCGCCAUUCCACCCACAAUCGAUCCAGUUCAUCCGUCGCAUCCGGCAGCGGAUUCACUCACGUGCCGGGCAAGAGGAAAGCCCCUUCUCCGCCGGAUUCCACCACCACCAACACCUUCAACAUCGUCGCUCCUUCUCAUCCGGUUUUACCCGACCUGAUGGAAUCGACUCCGCCGGAAGCUUCUCCUCCGGUGGAGAACAACAAAUGGAGCAACGACUUGAAUUGCAAUUUGCUGCUGGAUGAGAACAACCAAGUGCGGAGCAGCAGCAAAGUGUUGCGGUACCAGCAGAACAAAUUCGACAACGACUGUCCGCACAACGACAUCCUCAAACUGGAAGGCGGAGUCCUCCGCCCGCUGGAUUCUACUGCCAAUAAACAACAAGCGGAAGCUUCCGGAUCGACGAUGGAUUAUCCCACCCACCGGGGAAGUAAUAUGAUGACCCUUCCGCUCAAGCCGUGGUACAAACGAGGCCGGAAUCAGCACGGCGGAAGCAACGGAAUUAUCAGCGGAAGCAGCCCGUUGCAUCACCACCACUCAUCCGCCAACGCGGCGACUCGAUCCAAAUGGAAGGACGCGGCUAUUCUCCAUCAUUCCCCUCCUCCUGUUCUUCUGGCUCUUCCGGCUCUUCCGGCGGUGACGGACGAGUGCAGCAGCUGGGCCAUGGGAUUGGUGGCCAAUCACCACCUCCUUCAUCCGCCGGAAUCGAACACGAUGCGCUCCAAUCAUUCGUCGAACGGCGUCAGUCCCGGCGGAUCAACCCGGAGCGAUGGAUCUUCUUCCGUCUGCAGUAGCGAUGGAAGCAAAGGCAAACAACAACAACAACAACAUCACCGCAAGUCGUUGCUGGUCAACAUCAGCCAGCUGGAUCGUGAAGCUAAUGAAAUCAUCCAGCGGGAAAGAGCCCGUGAAUCCCAGCGGAGGCGAUUGGAGGACGACAAGUUUUACAGUCACAGCAACGGACAACUGCUGGCCGUCCUCCCACCACCACCCACCACCACCUCCCAUUUGUUGCCCACCGUUGCCGACGUCCCAGACGACGAGUCACCUCCUUUGCUACCGCCCAGGGAUCCAGCGCCACCGCCACUGCCGGGCGACAUCCAUCAGCCUCAGCUGGGCAAGAAAUGCGCCCGGGAGUUGAUUCACAUGUUCAACUCUUUGACGGACUCGUCGUCGCCUCCAUCAGCAGCAGCAGCUCCUCCUGUUCCGUCUGUCUCGUCUAUCAAUAGCCCAGCAUCAGCGACUAAGCAGACGACGACGGCAGAGUUGCCCAGGCUGGAACAGCAGCAGCGGGCGGAUGCUAAUUAUAGUCAAACGGGCCACACCUACAAUGGCCAAGUCACCAGGGAGUCACCACCGCCCGGCUGCAGCGCUGGGACUGUCAACGUGCCAACAGCUGAUCGUCAAGUCACAACAACAACAACAACAUCGCCACCCACCAGCGCCAGCAGUUCCAGGUUGUUGCAGACGUCGGACGAGUCGACCUCAAUCAAGGCCGUCAACACCAACACCAUCACCAGGCUGAGAGUUACCGUUCCGGCCGGAUCGCCUGAAUUAGCACAACAACAACAACAACAAUCGAUUUUCAAUCCGAAAUUGGAAGUGGCCACCGUCGCUGGAUCGGGAGGUGCCCGACCCAAACAUUCGCCUUCCAUUUCUUGUCCGGCAGACGAUAAAUCGCCACUAGUCAACGGUUACUCCAAACAACAACAACAACAACUGCAACCACAAUUAAAUAAAACAACAACGACAACAGGCGGGUGGGCGUGUCAGGUUUGCACUUUGGUCAACAGCGACGCCCGUUUGUGGUGCGAGGCUUGCACGGCCUUGAAGCCACGACAACUCGCUGGCCGGACAUCAUCGACCACCAACGCUGCUGGGCCGGCCGUCGUCAAGGAAACGGUGAAAACAAUUCCCGCCGUUGUUCAAACGCCGGAAGUGAUUACGACUAGUCCAACUCCAUCGACUACAACAACUUCAUCUCUGUCCAAUUCCGGCAACAACUCGACUGUUGUUGUUGCAACGACGCCCAGCAGUCCCGAAGCGCUGCGCCAGGCCCGUCUGGCUUUCUUCCUCAACGGCCAGCACAACAACAUCAACAACAAGCCGGAAGCCAUAAAAAAAGAUGAGCAAAAGGGGGAUGACAAGAACAACAACAACAAGCGACAUUCGCAGCACGGCGGAAUUAAAGUCUCGUCCGGCUGUCAGACGCAGCCGUUCGUUCAGCUGCCCAGUCAAAUCGGCAGCAGCAGCACGUCGGGUGUUAAUGGUCAGCAACACAGGCCCGUUUCCAUGCUGGCCAAGAGUUGUAGUAGUCCUAGUGUCAAAAACAGCAUCUCGAUAAUUCCGCCUCCGGUCGAUUCCGGGCCGUCUGUUAAUAGUCUAUCCAAUAAGCGCAGCGUGGUGUUGGCUCCGGCCGUUUUGAAGGAUGUCCAUCCAACCAAUUUCGCACUUGUUUCUCCUUCUCGCACGCAGUUGAGUCAAUACCUCCAGCAACAACAGCAGCAGGCCGGCAAGGGCAUCGGUGGCCAGCAACCAGCACCAGGAGAAUCCGGUUCCAGCGAUGUCCAGCUCAAUAAGAGUACCGCAGACGAAUUGGCGGCGGAUGAGAUGGGCGAAGACAAACGAGUGGAGGUCAUGUUGUUGCGGCUGGAGGAGGCCAUCGCUGCCGGCCAGUUUGACAAGGCCGCCGUUUUGGCCAAGGAAUUGGCGGCCAUCAAACGGACCCCGUCGCCCUCCUCACCUGCCUCACCUGUGCCCAGUCAAACUGAAGUUGUUCCGGUCGUCGUCGUCCCCAAACCGGUGGCUGCUCCGCGUUCCGUCGUUCCGGUUGUUGUUGCUGUACAACAACAAUCUGAGCCCGUCAAAUCGUCGCCAGUCUCGGCCAGGAAACCAAAAGACAAUCCGGCCGUCAGCACUGCGCCUCUUCCGGCUAAAAGAUUGUCCCAUUUAGCCUCACCUUCGCCUCUUCCCAGGAAAUCCAUCCGGCCGGAAGAAAAGGCGGAAGAAACGACAAAACCGAAAGAAGAGGAAAUAGCAUCCGUUUCCAUCGAACCACCGGUAGUCCAGGCACCAAUCCAUCCGCCAAUCCAGCCGCCAGUUGAGCCGUUAGUCCAUCCGCCAAUCCAGCCGGAAGAACCAGCUGAAGUUGUCCCGGCUCACCCCGGAAUUGUGGUCAUCGGUGCUGUUGCAUCAGUCCAACAGCAGCCGAAUAUUGUUGCCGUUUCAACGCCGGAAGUCAGCGUGCGGACCAAGCGGAGGACGAGCGUCAAAGUCACCAGUUCCGGUCAGCAGACGACGUUGACUUUCCAGAAAAAAUCAUCCGCCAAUUCGGAUGAGAAUAUUCAGAUGAACCCACAGAGGCGGACUCGGAGUUGCAUCGUCGACGACACUUUCAGCGUAGAAGUCUUCAUCGAGGAUCGAUCGACGCAUAGCGGACCCUUCCAGCUGCCCGUCCGGCCGGCCACGACUCUGCUGGAGCUCAAGGAACGGAUGGCCAAGAGUCCGCACGGCGUCAAAGUCGAGUGCCAGCGAUGGAUUCUCGGCCGUCGCCUGGCCAACGACCAGCAGGAUCAGCUGACGCUCAAGGACUACGACAUUUGCCCGUCCAAUUCUUCACUUUUCCUCUACGUCCUGGAGAACAAUCCGGCCCCACCAGCAGCAGCUUCUAAUAAAAUGAAAAUCAACGGCCUGCAUCAACCGGCGGGUCCAACUAAUACUCAAAUUGAAUCCGCCCGGCCCGAUGAUCCAGCCAGCCGGAAGUAUUACAAUUACGAGGAGGAUCGGUACAGCGAAUGCGAAGAAGAGGAGGAGGACGGGCCGCUGGAAGCGACGGCCAACAACAUUACCCAACCUGCUAACCCUCCACUAACAACAACAACAACCAACAAUAUCGAACAGCAACAGGUGCUGAAUUCUGAUCAAGGUGCGACUGGCGGAUGGGAUCCAGCGGAUAAUAAGCGGCCGAUGGAUUCACUUGAUCCGGCAGUGACUGGGACUGAGCCGAAAGUGGAUUACAAGAAACUGGUGGACCUGCUGGACGGGAGCGACGUCGUGACCAACGCCGACCCUUUCGACUGUCCCGUCUGUUUGAUGACCGUUCCGGCCGGAGUGGGCGUCACCCUCAGGGAAUGUCUCCACAAUUUCUGCCGGGAUUGUUUGGCUCACGUGAUUGAAUUCAGCGACGAUGCGACCGUGACCUGCCCGUACCGCGACGACCAAUACGCCUGCGACGCCAUCCUCCAGGAACUCGAAAUCAAAAAUUUGGUGUGCGCCAAAUUGUACGAGAAACAUUUGGAGCGUUCGAUGCGGCUGGCCGAAAAGGCGAUGGCCAACACGUUCCACUGCCAGACGGCCGACUGCCCCGGCUGGGCCGUCGUCGAGGCCGACAACGUCAACGUCUUCCGCUGCCCAGUCUGUCGCCAGAGCAACUGCCUCACCUGCCAGGCCAUUCACGAGGGCGUCAACUGCAAGGAAUUUCAGGAUCGAGUCAACCAAACCGCCGAGACGGACGACGACGCCAGACGGACCAAAGAAAUGAUUGAAGCGCUGGUGACCAGCGGUGAGGCUCUGUCGUGCCCGCAGUGUCAGGUGGUCCUGAUGAAACGCUGGGGCUGCGACUGGGUCCGCUGUUCCGUCUGCCGGACGGAAAUCUGUUGGGUCACCAAACAAAAUCGCUGGGGUCCAAAGGGCAAAGGUGACACGAGUGGCGGCUGUCGGUGUGGCGUCGACGGCGUCAAAUGUCAUCCCCUCUGCAAUUAUUGCCAUUAAAUUGAAGUACACUUGUAAUAUUUGAUUAGCGCGCGUAAAAUGAAAUUAAAUGUUGCCGUGUCGUCUGCAAUUGAUCGACUCGACUGUGAUCCUCUGGUUGUUGAUUGAAAUGUGUUGUGUGUAUUUAUUCGAAAAUCAAACUUUGUAGCAUCAAAAA